AUGUUAUCCACGAACGAUAAUUCUAAGCAAGUUCUGGCGGACCUCGAGGAAUACCUGGGACAAGGUCCACAGGCAAAUCCGGAAAAGCUGUCAGACAUAGCUUUGUGGCUGAAGCGUCUGAAGUCAGCGGAGAGCUCUGAGACUGAUGUGAAAGCUGUCCAGCUUUUAGGUACUGCAGCGGGAAAGCAGUGGGAUGAACAACGAAUAUGGCAAGAUUUGUUCCGGCAACAUGAGAUUCUCGCGAGUGUCCUACAGAAUCUUACACCCUCGACAGCCUUUCCUGCACUUGACAAUCAGUACCUACGAGUCAUUGGUAAUGCGAUUGCUUACAAUGACACAAAUCGCGAAGUGGUUCUCGUAGAUUUUACAAAGAUAAUGGGCUGUCUAGCGCAUAAGGAACUAAGAAGGACUGCAUUAGCGGUGCUGUAUAACCUUGGCCAGGAUUUCGAACCUGCAAACAUUCGAGCAGCCGAAGUCAGACUUGAUCGAACCAUCACACAACACUUGGCGGCAGAUGAGAUUCCAGAAGAAGCCAUCGACUUCGCAACAACCAUCACAAAUAGGACUACAGAGAAGCUUACACCAGCACAGCUAGGAGACGAAACAUCUAUGGCAGUCUUCGACAACAUUUUGCGGACUGCGGCAAAAUACGACGAAGAUCACUGCCAAGACUAUGUGGCUCUCAUUGUACACUACUUACAGGACCCAGAGUUCCAGCAAAAGGUCGCCCAUCCUGAUGUUGUGCAGAGGCUCCUAGAGCUCUUGCUUGACCUUGAGUUCAACGAACUAACCAAGGAGGAAGUGCAAGUUGUUAUGCAGGAGUUGGGCACCCAAAAUAACCCGAACGAGACCGCUUCAGAAGAGACAAGCAUAAUACUUAUGGUGCGCCUCGUCAACUGUGUUUCUGCCCUAUCCGCGACCGACGCUUUUGUGAAAAGUUUCACACUGGACUCUCGAAUCGUACAUACGCUCAAGGAGAAACUCGUAUUGCCACAAGCAACGCCGUCCACCGUAUGCGCCUGUGUCAUGCUGGGUAACAUUGCGACUUCGGAUAGUGUCUGCAUCGACAUGGUCCAGAAAUUAGGUCUGCACGAAACGCUAAUCGAAAUGCUCGCGAUGCGUAAAGAGCAAGCGCUUCUGUACGCUGCUGCAGGCUUCAUGCGACAUCUCGCCUUCCCAGAAUCCAAUCGACCGAUACUGGGGGCCGCCGGGCUCGUCGAAACUUGUUGUCACCUUUUCGGCAACAUCGAAGAUCCUGCCGUGCGUGGAGAAGGAGCAGCUACCCUUUGCAAAUUAGUCACAAACUGCUUGCCCAACAUCGACAUAGUAGUACGCCGUGGUCUGCCGCCGAAUAUCAUGCUCGCCCGGCUACCGGAUGUACCAAUUCCCGGGGAACCAAAGUAUCUACACCACGUUGUGAGACAGGCGCUGACACCAUCGGCGCCGCUGCCUAGCACAUCUAUGAAGAAUCCCAUGAUCGAGCUUGGUCGGACUCUUAUUACCAUACUAAGGUACAUACGCCGCCCUACUUCAGAGGGAGACCUGGGCGAGCUCGCACGUUGUUUCUUCGAUGUACCGGCGGUGGCGCGACCAAUUGCCAGACUUGUUCGCCAACGCUUCUACGCCGACGCGAGAUCUGAAGGGCUCCUAGGCUUAGGGCUUAUGGCGCAGACUCCCGAAGGUGCAUCGUGCGUUGUUGAGGAAAUGAAGAUAGAUAUCGGGUUGCUUGAUGCCAUCAAAGAAUUUGCGGGGGAGCAGAAGGGUGAUGGGCAGCAGAGCAACGAAAGCGCAGGGAGAGAUUAUCAGAAUGCUGUGGUGUUGUUGCAUGGUCUGGCGACCAACGGAGUAAGUGCAAACGAACAAAUCCUCCUGGCUCUUACGGGCGAUGGCAUGGAUGCGUCUCUGAGAAGCAACGUGGAGGCAUUGCAGGCAGAACUGAGCAAGCUCAUGGUUUGA